AACACUAUAAAAAUAUUCGUUAACCCUAGUUAAUUACUCUCUUCUGUUAAAUCCCAUUCAUCAUCCCCUUCUAGCUCAUUAUUUUCUCCUGCGCCAUCUUUGGUCCUUAUCUUCUCCUAUCCCGUCUUCUCUUUCUCACAAUUGAAAAAAAAAAAAGAAAAAUCCAGAAUAUCUGUAUCCAUUCAGGUUUUGUAUCCCUUUGUUCAUUAUAAAAAAAGGUGAAGAAUUUCCUUACAAUUUUGGAAAUCAGUUUUCUCUCUAUUUAUCGUCUUUAAAAUCGUAAGCUCUUUUUUCCACCUGUUUUUUGUGUUUUCUUCUAGGGUUUUCGGUUAUUUAGUUCUGGUAGUAAUUAUGCCGCCGCCGACGAGCAAAUCAACGUCGUCGCUGUCUUCCGACGGGGAGGCGCCGGCAUCGAACAAUCUCUGGAUCGGUAAUCUAUCCCCUGAAGUUACCGAUUCGGAAUUGACGGCGCUCUUCGAAAAGCACGGGCCGGUCGAUAGCAUAACCAAUUACGCAUCUCGAAGCUAUGGCUUCGUAUAUUAUAAGAAAAUUGAGGACGCCAAAUCCGCCAAAGAAAAGCUUCAGGGCACAAUUCUCCAUGGGAACCCGAUUAAGAUCGAGUUCGCUAAACCGGCUAAACCAUGUAAGAGCUUAUGGGUGGCUGGAAUAAGCCAAUCUGUCUCAAAAGAAGAACUGGAAGAAGAAUUUACGAGAUUUGGUAAAAUCCAGGAAUUUAAAUUUCUUAGAGACCGUAAUACUGCAUAUGUCGACUUUUCUAGAUUAGAGGAUGCUUCUCAAGCGUUGAAGAAUAUGAAUGGGAGGAGAAUUGGUGGGGAUCAGAUACGUGUGGAUUUUCUUCGAUCACAACCUUCUAGAAGAGAGCAGUUACCUGAUUUUCGUGAUGCAAGGGAAGGACAUUUCCCCAACAGGAGCAUUGGCCCUCCAGAUACACGGUGGAUGGCACAAGAGUCUAUCCAAGUUGGGUCAAAACGACAUCAAUUCCAGUCUCCAGGAGGGCGGAGGGGAGAUGGUCAACCAAGCAAGGUCUUGUGGAUAAGUUAUCCUCCUUCAGUUCAGAUUGAUGAAGACAUGUUGCAUAAUGCAAUGAUUCUGUUUGGUGAGAUAGAAAGGAUUAAAACUUUUGAAGACAGGAACUAUGCGUUUGUACAAUUUAGAAGUGUAGAUGAAGCACGACUUGCAAAAGAAGGUUUGCAAGGCAAGCUUUUUAGUGAUCCACGAAUCUCAAUUGAGUAUUCAAACAGUGAACUUGCACCAAACAAAGAUUACUUGGGGAAUUAUCCUGGAACCAAAGGGACAAGGCCAGAUACGUACCUGAAUGAUGUUCCAUUUAGGCAUGGACAAAUGGACAUAAUUAGUCAUGAUUCUGGAGUUUUGCCACCUCGUGGAGCCCCUGGACCUGAUGGCAUUAUGAGGCCAUUAGGUCCUCAAGGAAAUUUUGAUCUUCAAGGUGGUCAUCACGCCCAUUUGGGGGGUCCAAAUUGGAGAAGAUCUUCUCCUGCACCUGGCCUGCUGUCUUCACCUUCUGCCAGUCUCAAUCUGCCAAAUAGAUCUGCAUCAAGUGCUUGGGAUGUCUUUGAUGCCAGCCAACUUCAGAGGGAGUCCAAAAGAUCAAGGGUUGAGGGAACUUUGCAAGCUCACAAUUCAUCAUUUCCUGCCAGAAGAACUGAUGACCAAGGGUUGGGUUUGGAUGAACCAUAUGGGCUUCGUACAUACGCAGGUUCUACAGAUCCUCUUUCUAAUUUUGAAGGAAGAAGUCAUCUUAGCCCAGUUGGCAUGCAAAUUUCAGUUGGUGGACUAGGAAAGCGCAUUCCUGAGCCUGAUUAUGUGUGGCGAGGGAUUAUUGCAAAAGGUGGCUCACUUAUUUGCCAUGCCCGUUGUGUUCCUAUAGGGGAAGGUAUCAGUUCUGAGAUUCCAGAGGUUGUUAAUUGCACAGCUCGGACUGGGUUGGACUUGUUAACCAAGCAUUAUGCUGAUGCUGUUGGUUUUAGCAUCGCAUUCUUCUUACCCGACAGUGAAGCUGAUUUUGCUUCAUAUACAGAGUUUUUGAGAUACUUGGGAGCUAGAAAUCGGGCUGGUGUUGCCAAGUUUGACGAUGGCACCACCUUGUUCUUGGUGCCUCCAUCUGAUUUUCUGACCAAUGUUCUUAAGGUUACGGGACCUGAAAGGCUUUAUGGAGUUGUUUUAGAGUUUCCCCAAGCAGCUCCUGCUAGCUCAAAUAUUCCGCCGUCAUUGGUUCAGCCGCAGUAUGUGGAUGCACAGCAGCAAGCUAGUUCUCUAACUGGAUAUAAUGAGAUAGCGCAGGAGGAAAUUGGUAUACAAAUGGGUUAUAACAAGGUGGUACCGGAAGAUAUGAAACCACCUCUGAAAAUGUUGGGCUCCUCUUUGAAUUCUACUCCGCCAAUCAAUAAUGCUGCAGUUUCUCAAGCUGGACUUAAAUUAACACCUGAUCUUAUUGCCACUCUAGCUUCUAUAUAUCAGGGAAACAGUAAGUCAUCUGGUUCAGAAAGUUCAUCAGUACAGUCUGCUUCAACAACAUUGGGCCCUGCAUUAAAUAUUACCCCUGCACCUGAUAAAGGACUUCCACAAGGGUGGCAGCAUGAACGUCAAGUUCCUGAGCAAGCAGGUUAUGUUACACAACAAUUCAACAGCCAGUUUCAUAGCCAAGCACAAUUUAUUCCACAAGUUCAUGCUUAUCCUGCGGUGUCAAACACCCUCAAUCUUCCUGCUCAAGGUGCCCUUGGCUAUAGCCAAAUCCAAGAUCGUGGUUUCAACAUGCAACCUCAAGGUGCUGUGUCAUCUAGACCAAUUGCCUCUGCAACCCCAUCUCAAGGACAGGUUUCAGCCUUGUCUAAUGUUGACCAGCAGCAUCAACUUGGAAUGCCCCAUGAUCCUCUGAAGGGGCAUGGGAUGGCACAGGGAACUGAUGCAUUGAGGUUGUAUGGUUCGUCGGUCCUUCACCAGCCUACAAAUCUUGUAACAUUGGGCAGUGAGAUUAAUGGUCCCAAUGUCCUACAGCAUGCUUCUAUGCCACAAACUACUGAAGCUGAUGUUAGGAAUCAGGUGCAGGAGCAUCAUUCAGCUUUGCAAGGAGCAGGCCAGGAUACAUCUGAGACUGAGGAAGAAAAGAAUAGACGCUAUCAAUCAACUUUACUAUUUGCUGUCAAUCUCCUUAACAGGGUGCAGCAACCACCUGGAACUCAGACUGGGCAAGGUUCUGGCAGCUGACAGAAUUGCCCCACCAGGUUUGUGCUGACCCGGAUAAAUGGACACUCAAAUAUAUAGCGAGUUGAUAAUGAGCAUAUUGCGCGGCUAGAAGGUGAUAGCGACUGUAAAAUGUAGAGAAGGUCAAUCAUGACCAAAUACUGGUUGGAGUUCUACGAUAUGGCAAAAGUAAAUAGGAAAUAAAUAAUGCAGCUAGACGGGUUGUGGAAGGCAAAUGGUAUCUUAGGAUAAAACUGAUGAACGAAAACAGGGUGCCCUAUUUGGGAAUCUCCAGAUCUAUGCGGUCUUUAGCGGUCCAAUGGGGUUUGUUUGAAGGGAAAUAUUAACCAAAACAUUUGGUCUAUGAUUGUAUCCUCCAUUGCGAAGUCUUCUUUGAAGUGGAACGCUCGUGUAUUAAUUGCAUCUCUUCGACACUCGGAACAAUUCGUGUUUUAACUCCAUUUCUUAACUCUUGUAACAGCAGUGUUUUAACUGCAUUUCUUUGGCACAUUAUAGCCGUUUUGUUAAACUAGUUCUAAUCAAAUACACAGCAAAGCCUAUGCGUUGAGUUUGUAUGCCUUUUCACAAAUGUGAUUGUGCGUAACAUUUUGUGUAAAGUUAAGCUCGGUGUUUCUUAAAUAUAU